AUGUUGUUCCAAAUCUUCCGAUGUCCGUGGCUUUUAAUAACCGUCCUUGUGCCGUGUUAUGGCAGCCUAAAACCGGGCUUCUCUCAACUUCAGCGAGGACACAGAUUGGACAGGAAACUGAUCCAGUCAUUUACAGAAGUCAGUUUCUUGGACUGUGUGACGGAAUGUAUGGUGACACCACGGUGUAAAUCAGUCAACUAUUUCAAAGGGGCUAAUUACUGUGAAAUCAAUUACGAAAAUAAGACGACAGCGGAGACUAGCUACAUGGACAGUGCUGGAUGGGUAUACAGUGAAAGGGGGCACUGGCCUAAGGAGCUGGCUGGAGCUUGUUCGAACUCAACCUGUGAAAUCAACCAGACAUGUAAACACAAGAGAUAUUCCGAGGAAAAUUUUUUUGAAUGUGUUUUGUUAGAUUGUGGAAUACCUGAUCAAAAAGGAAUAAACUUGAAUACAACACGACGUGAGGACGCCAUUGGUAUACACAGGAGGAUACACGCCUCGUGUACUGACGGAUACUCCCAGUCUGGUUCAGGGCGGCUGAACUGUCAGUCAAACGGGGAGUGGAAAUACAACAUUGUCUGUACAGAUAUUGAUGAAUGUCUGAGCAAUCCAUGUCAGAAUGGAGGAACAUGCAGUAACAACAAUGGAUCUUUCACUUGUAUGUGUGCACAUGGUUGGAGAGGGACACUUUGUAAUCAAGUUCUGCCGAUCAUUGCAUUACGUAAACCUGCCGAACAAUCAUCAACACGAUCUGACUAUAACGCCGCGUAUGCAGUGGAUGGCAACAGAGGAACAAAUGUUGCUGUAGACAAGUGUGCACACACAGAUGAUGGCGACACCAACCCCUGGUGGAGGGUGGAUCUACAGGCUGUAUAUACAAUCACAUCUGUCAGAAUACUCAACAGAGGAAUAGAUCAAUACGGAGAUUUCUCAUACCGGCUGCAUGAUGUUACCGUCACUGUGGGGCUGACAGAAUCUGAUGUCAACAAUCCUUGUGGUUUCUUUGCUGGUCCCGGUACUGCGUCACAGCUGGUCGUCAUCGAUUGUCCGACAUCAACACAGGGGAGAUUCACAUGUAGAAAAGGACAUGUUAUCAAGAAAUGGUGCUCGCAGCCGAUAUUGAAUAGGAGGAUGCACAGUGGGGAUCUGAUGUUUGCAUCUGCUGUCCUGCUUUCAGGGAACAACUUUCAAAAAAUUUCUUUAUUUGCAAAGUUUCUGAACUUGCCCGCAAUUAGCAGCACAACAUUUCACAAGAUUCAAAGAACAUACCUCAUACCAUCAAUUGAUGACUUUUGGUUAGAAAAGCAGGAAGAAACCAUCAAUCUUUUUCGUGGUCAGGAAUUGGUCAUUCUUGGUGAUGGUAGAAUGGACAGCCCUGGGCACUCGGUGCAAUACUGUUCCUACACAUUCAUGGAAUAUACCACAAAGAAGAUCCUUUGCAUAAUUACUAUGGAUAAAAGAAUGACAGACCUAAAAAGUACAAACUUAGAGAAAUCUUGCUUUGUAAAAGGACUGCAGUUUCUUCUGAACAGGGGUUUGAAAGUUGUUGAAGUUGUAACUGAUGCUCACGUACAAGUUGCUUCUAUCAUGAAAAAAGAUUACCCAAAUAUUUGCCAUUCAUUUGACAUCUGGCAUGGUACUAAAAAUUUGGGAAAGAAAAUAAUGUCAAUUGGACAAGAGUCAAAUAAAAAAGAAUUACUGCCAUGGACAAAGGAUAUCAUGAACCAUUUUUGGCAUGCAGCGCAAGUUAGCGAUACAUAUGUGACGUUCAUAGGCAUAUGGUUUGGAUUGCUUCACCAUGUCACUGAUGAGCAUGAGUGGAUUCUCUCCUACAGUGACAAUGGCAUAAAUGCCUGUCAGCAUGGUCCCCUGACUGAGGAAAGAACGAAGGGAUGGCUGAAAAAGGAUUCCCCUGCUCACAUUGCUUUACGCCAUGUUGUCAUGGAUAAGAGACGCUUAAAUCAGAUACACUACUAUUUAAACUGCAGGAGUACUGCUGAGCUUGAAAACUUUCAAAAUUUAAUUUUGGUGUAUGCCUCUAAAAGAUACUCGUACGGUCCACCCACGUACAGGGCACGAAAUAGACUUGCAGCCUUGGAUCACAACGGGCAUUUGGAAAGGGAGACAAAGAUUAACAAGGAUGGAAGUGUUAGGUAUCAGAGAUCCUUCAACAAGAAAAGUGGAAUAUGGUCCGUCCACGAAUUGAAGGAGGAUAAAACUUAUAAUUACAUCCAAUCUCUGGUUGAAAAGAUUGUCCGAAGAAGAUUAGAUGAUGAAGAAGGAAUGAGUGGAAAUGUUGCUUUGGAAGCAGAUGAUCCAAGAAGAAUAUCGAAGACUCUGGCCCGCAUUCCUCCUCCCCCAACUGCACAACUUGUGAAGGAGAGGAAGUCACGAUUUGAAGAUCCAGACAAAACAUUAGACUAUUCAUGGGACUCUUGAAGUUAUUUUAUUAUACCCCUGCUCUGAAGGAGAAAGGGGUAUACUGUUUUACCUGUGUCCGUCAGUCUGUCCGUCUUUCCUUCAAUCUGUGUCCGUAACAAAAAUUUCUGUCGCAUUUUUCUCAGCAAGCAUUUAUCACAGAUGCUUGAAAUUUUAACUUAUUGUUUGUUUAGGCAUGCCAUAUGGUGGGAUAUUUUUUUGUACCAAUCAGACGUCAACUUCCUGUUAAAUGACAACUUUGUUUAUUUUGCAUAUUCACAUUAGAGCGGGGGUAUUGAUAGUGAGCAUUAGCUCACAGAUAUCUUGUUGUAUAAUACAAUGCAUGCUAAAGGACUGGAUACAAAUUCUUACAAAACAAUAUUAUCAUUCUAUGCUGAGUAUGUACUUUAUAUGUCACUUGAAACAUAAAUGAAUCCAUGUACAUGUAUGUUUGAACAAAAGCAGAAAAAAGAAGAAUUAAAUAACAGACUGUUAAAUUUUAAAA